UGCUAUUGCAGUGCAGAGUCGAGUUCUGCUGUUCUUCAUGAUGCUCUCGUUUGGGAAGAAAUGGCUUCAUGUCAUUGCGCUGCUGGCAUUGACCUUCGUUUUGGCUACUGGCCAUCCUCAGAAGAGAGCAAUCAUUCCUGCGAUUGAUCCUUUCUACAAGCCGCCUGCUGGAAUCGAAUCCGCAGCUCCAGGAGAGAUCCUACGCACCCGCCGUAUUAUUCCUGCGACAUUUGGCCUCAUUCCAACACUGGGAGUCGAAGCACAUCAAUUGCUGUAUCGAACAACAGCGAUCGAUGGCUCUGCUAUUGCCGCCGUCACGACUGUCUUCAGACCGCUCGUAGCCAAGGCGGACCGGUUCGUGUCUUUUCACACAGCCUACGAUGCUGCUGCAACAAUCUGCAAUCCCAGCUACACUUACCAACUUGGCGCAAUUCCGUUCAACUUGAUCACCAGCGUCGAAUACCUGCUCCUGCAAGCUUUCCUCGCGUCGGGCUACAUCGUAUCCAGCCCGGACUACGAAGGACCAGACGCAGCAUUCAGCGCGGGGCGGCUCUCUGGUACAGCCGUUCUGGACAGCAUGCGAGCUGUGAAGAACUUCCGUACCACACUGCGGUUGUCGACUUCUAACCCCAAGAUCGUCGGAUAUGGCUACUCCGGAGGUUCCAUUGCUUCCGGCUGGGCUGCGCAACUCAAUCCCACUUACGCUCCAGACGUGAAAGUCUCAGGCUGGGCUGCAGGCGGAAUCGUGGCAAACCUGACAGGCACUGCAGUCUUCAUCGACAACACCUUGUUCAGCGGUUUCCUCCCUGUCGCUUUCGCAGGCUUGAAUAAGCCUAGCUCCUAUGCCGCACGACUUGACCCUGUCAUCGACCGGAUCAUCACACCAGCUGGACAAGCUCAGCUCGAUUCCGUCAACCAGAAUUGCGCCACCCAGCUGUUCACUUUUGCCGAGCAAUCCGUCUUGAGCACAAACUUCCAAUCCCUCGGUGACCAGGUCCUCUACCAAGCAGAUAUCGCAUCUGUCCUCGCUCAACAAACCAUGGGCCAAAGCAACACCGAGAAACCAAUCGCCCCAGUCUACGUUUUCCACGCCUCCAACGACGAGAUCAUUCCCUACGCUGACGCUACUACCCUCGUCAACUCUUGGUGUUCCAAAGGCGUGUCGGUCGACUAUGUCACCUACGCGGCUGGUGGUCACGCCACAACGGAAAUUGUUGGCUUUGUGGGCGCGUUCCAAUUUCUCGAGAAGGCCUUUGCUGGCACUUUGGGGUCGGGUUGCACGACUUCGACGAAGCUGGAUGAGACUCUGAAUCCUUUAGCGCUGGGACUGAACUUGGAGCCGAUCUUGGUUCGCCUAAUCGAUGCUCUGGCGGCGCUGGGUAGAGGGGACGCGAAUCUUAGGCAGGACUUGCGAGUAUUGGACACAAAGAUUGAGACUUGAGGCGUGCUGAUCGGUCAUGGUACAAGUGUUUGGCUGAGUUCGCCGAGAUAACGAUGGAAGGGCCAAAAAGUGCAGAUGUAGAUCA